GUCGGGUGUCCAGCUUCCAGUUACUUCUGUGCGUCAAGCUCUCUGAGUAAAGUCAAAAACUAAUAGCCUGGGAUAAUUCGGCUUCGUGAGGGAGAGUGGGGCCAUGCCCGCGAUCGCCGCUGUUUUUCUAUUAUCUCUUCCUGCAUCGAAGCAACGGGCUCUAGCGGGAUGCACCAAGCUCCGUAUGCCUCAGAUUUUUCCACGGACACGAAUCGGACACGCUACUGGUGCCGCUCGAAAACCGCCUGCACAUGCAGCGAGACUGCUUAAUCGCUCUGGACACGAGUUCCGGGAAUUUCGUGCGAGGGCGCGAGACCAAUCCAGCCAUGACAUAGCUUCUCUCGUGGCAGUGACAGCUCUUAUGUGUAGAUCACAGUGUUCAUAUAUCAACAAAUAUCCGACCGACCGACUAUCUGAAUUCGCAAAGCAACUAGUGAACUAUCUGGGUUUUCGGCUUUUCUGGACGUUCAUUCCCGCGCGAACAAGCAAACGAUUCCUUGGUGAG